GGCGCAAAUAUUCUUGCUCUCCCUGGGCUCUAAACUGCUUGGUUAGGGUUAGGCUUUGUUCAAACAGCAAAUCACAGCACACGGGAGAGCUCCCCAGUCAUUCUGGCUUUGUAGCUGUCUUGCCUUCAUUUUCAUGGAAGGCAGAAACCCUGCCAGGAAGCAGCUGAUACUCUCCUUGCUGCUGGGUUGGGCAUGGGAAUGCCCCCUGACUGCAGCUGCCUUUAUUGAGCUGCUUCUUGUGCCACUCCCCGGAGCUAGCAUGUCCCUCAUGGCCAAGGUGGCCUUCGUAGGCAUGCUCCUCUUCUACCUGUGCCCCGGGCACCAAACAGUCCUGCAGGCCCAGGCACUUCAUGUGCUCACUAGGUGCACGUGCUUGAAGUUCCAAGAGAAGGUUCAUCCCAGAUUCAUGAUGGAUUUCCAGAUCAUUGAGAAGGGAGCUCACUGCCAUCGCCAUGAGAUCAUAUUAACCGUGAGGCUCCAGAAAGGCCCAAGAGAAACAUAUCUCGACUUAUCUAAGAAGCAAGGGAAGGAUCUGCUGCAUUGCUGGAAGAGAAACCUGAAGAACCCCAGGAAGCAGCACCACUGCAUGAGGAGGGGGCAACGACACAGGACCAGGGCAAAGCAGUGAGUACAAUGCACAGGCAAGGCCAUGCUCUGGGCUCCAGGUGCAGGCCUCCCGGGGCUCCCCCUGCACGGGAACUAGCUGCGGCCAAGUGAGAUGAAGCAGGGAGAACUCCCCGCCCAGCUUGUGGCCCAGAGUAGGACUUGGAUCCACAGCCUGUCAGCCCAGGCUGCUCUCACAGUGAGAUAACAAGUGAGUGCGGCCUGGCCAGGCCAGGGUGGGGCUGGGCCAGGAUGUGAGAACACACGCCUUGGGUUUGCCAUGCCCUUCCUCCCCAGUCGAGGCUUAUGAGCAGGGUAUCCAUUAUGCAGAGGUAU